UCUAACGGAGAAGAUAACAAACGUAUAUAAAAAUAUACAUAGCAAUAUUGUUAUAUGGGAUGGCUCUCUGGGAACACGGAGUAGGGAAAAACGGAAGAAACCAGUGAUAAGGAAAUCCAUCGAAAUGUAAUUUUUUUUAAACUACCCCAAAUCCACACAGUAUAAGCAUAAAAUUAAUCAAUACAAAUGUAUACCAAGUGCUUAGCUGGAAGGUAGCCUAGAUGAGAGAAAAAGAAAAAAAUAAAGGAAUUUAAGAAAGACAGUGUAAAGGAAAGGAAUUUAAGCAUUUAGUAAAGACAAAGCCCAAAACUAAGAGCUGGGGGUAUUAAUACAAAAGCAAAAACAGUCCCUGCCUUCUAGGAGUUUAAAGGGAACAAAGCAAAAAAUAAAAAAGGGUGACCUGGAAGUAGAAUUUAGUUUUGGAAAGUUGCAGGGUGGAGCCAAGUGACACAAAAACAAAAGGGCGGAAGUGCAAAGCCGGCCGCUUCCCAGCUGGAAAACCCCAGAAAGCGACCCAUAUGACCACCCCCUCCUAGUUCUUUCGCCAAACCCCAGGCUCUGCACGCUUCGAGACGAGACUCAGGUUGUCUGCAGACGAAGGAAAUAGGGCGGGGCUGGUAGUGUUGGGGAGACCUGGGCUCGGGUGGGCCGCCAGUACAUUCUAAGGACUCCUGAGACUCCGGGUUUUCUAAGCGAAGCCUCUGGUUGCUCACUAUAAUCUGCUGCCCCUAGAAGUGACCCGGAAGAGUCGGUGAAAUCGGGCUAUGGCGCACGAGGCUUUUGAGCCGCCGCUGCGGGAGACUCUGUCCCGCUGGAAACGGGAGCAAGCACAGCUGAAAGCCAAUGUGAUUGACCAAGACACAGAAGCCUGGCAGCAGAAAACAGAUUUUACUGGUCUGCUUCGGAUUGGGGGUGUUGACAUAUCCUUCAUUAAGGGAGAUGAUGUCAGAGCCUGUGCUUCUCUAGUGGUGCUCAGCUACCCUGAGCUUGAGGUAUUAUAUGAAGAACAUCAGAUGGUUAACCUAACAGCUCCCUAUAUAUCUGGUUUCUUGGCAUUUCGAGAAGUUCCUUUCCUGGUAGAUGCUAUUCAGAGGCUACAGAAGAAGGAACCUGAUCUCAUGCCCCAGGUCCUUCUUGUGGAUGGAAAUGGGGUACUCCAUCACCGAGGAUUUGGAGUGGCCUGUCACAUUGGCAUCCUUAUAGAUCUGCCUUGCAUUGGGGUGGCCAAGAAACUCCUCCAGGUGGAUGGGCUGAAGAAUGAUGACCUGCACAAAGAAAAGAUUCAGCACCUAAAGAUGGGAGGAGAUACCUUUCCUUUAAUGGGUGACUCAGGUACCAUCUUGGGAAUGGCCUUGAAGAGCCACAACAAAAGCAGCAAGCCUCUGUAUAUCUCUGUGGGUCACAAGGUGAGUCUGAAGACUGCAGUUCACCUGAUCCAAGCCUGCUGCAGAUACCGGAUCCCAGAACCCAUUCGACAGGCAGACAUUCGAUCCCGAGAAUAUAUCCAGAGGACUAUUGAGCUUGCCAGCUCACAAGAAGCAGAGAAAGAGAGGGGUUCCAAGAGGCAGAGAGAGAUGCGGAGCCCAACCAUAUGCCCUGCAAGAGACGUAGAAGAGGCUGCAGGAGAGGAGAGACCCCCGGAGAAUCCCUGCCCAGGGCAGAGCUGCGAGACGCUGGGACAGUCCUCUGAGGUCCCGUCCCAGUGACCAGAGAGGAAAGGAGAGCAGAGCUGGCGUGGAUGCUGUGAAAACUCUGAAACUCCAGCGCUGGGUGACUUCGGUGGACUCAUUUCAAGUCUGAACUGGAAGCCCCAGCCUGAAACACACACACUAACACCAUCCUGCCUGCGGUCACGCAGCCUUCGGAACAGCCAUGUGUUCGGCAGAAGACAGAUUUCAAGAAGGCAGAGAGCCAGCCUUUCUCUGGAAAACUUGUGAGGCUUUUGUAUGUGGAGACAAGAAAUGGGACUCACUUUUAAAAGAAAAAACUCGAAUUAAAAAAAAAAAAAAAGACUCUGCUCCUGUCUUUCUAUUUGUUAUCUCCCAGAGUGGGGGCCCAGGCCUUUUUGCCUCUUGCUCAGCUCCCUACCAUACCGCAGACUAGCCCCCACCCAUUCCCCAAGCCUGGCCCAUCUCUGGCAUCUCCUCGCCAGAGGGGGAGGGGAGAAGGAGCGAGUUACCUAAUCCCCAGCUCUUGCUGGC